CCCUCCUCCUCCGCAUCCAGCCUCAUCUAGCUCACCCGCUACAGUCGCUCGAGGCGACAAUCGCCCGCUGGUCUGGGGUCUGGUUCCCAUCCCUGUCUGGAGCUGUGAUACGCUGUCCCCGCUUGAUCGACAAGCGGUCUUCAGAGGGCACUGGCCAAUCUCCCCUCCCAGUGGUCCUCGAACGAGAUGGACGAUACUCUCUCCACCAUGGUGGGCCGGAAGAGAAACCCAUCGAGGCGCACGCCUUUCAUCGUGACAAACCCGGACAACGAUUCCGACGAUGAUACUCAGCAGCAGGAACGCUACACGACACCCCAGUACAAGAUUCCUCCGCUACCGAGCCCCGUUUCCCAUUCGCCGCAUUCUGAACAGUCAUCCUUACCAUCUACCUCAUACCUCCCAUCGAGUCAUGUCCCGCUCAAUAACGUUGCGACGGAGUUGCCUAAUGCCGGACAGUCCAAUCCAUCCCUAUCGUCGCCUUCUGGCUCUAGCUCACCUGCUGUCGAGUCCACGCCUCCCCCGAGUACACCGGGCCAAACUGUUCCCCCGGAUGAUGGGAGUGCCAGUACGGAAAGACCCUGUUACCCUGUUCCGGACGAGAGACCAGACAUUCGUCAGCAUAAUGUUGGUCGGAUGAGUGUGAUGGACAGGCUCAAAUCGUUUCCGCACGUCCUACAUAGUAAAGUCCAAUCUCGCCAAGCACCUACUCCUAUCGUAACAGGCGGGGCCCCUCAUGCAUCUCCGACGCGCGAGCCGAUAUCGAGCAAAGUUUUGCUUACCGUCACUGCUGAUUGUGAUAACUUCACUUAUCUUGAUGUUACUGGUGCGCGCGAUGCAGCGAUGAUCCGAGAAAAGAUGUUUUCAAAGCUACAAAUAUCGGAUGAUCAGCAGCCCUUUUUCUCCAUUUAUCGGACUGAGAUUGGGCAAUUUGCUAUAGGCGAAGCUCUGUCGGACGAGCGUCUCCUUGAAAUCUGCAGGAUGGAGGGUGAUUCGAAGGGUACUGUGAAAUUUUUAGUACAGCACUCAUCCGCCACUGUUCAUCUACCGCCACCCCCACCGCGCUCCCUGGUCGCAAACCACGUUCCUCCUGUUCUUCCCAACUAUCAAGAGAGUGGUUUCAGAUCGCCAAGCCGGAGAGCACAGUCGACGAAAUCAAACCACGAAACGAUGUCUUCGACAAGCGAGCCAUUUGUUGUUGAUCAAAUGCCUGGAAAUGAGGGAUCUGUUUCCGAUGAUCUUGAUCAGCAUGAGCGUGAAAGAAACAGGAAUACGAUCCGCCCAUCUCCACAACAGGCAUUGCAUUCUCAAUAUUUCGGAUCCUCUGUGCCUGCGUCACCACGUCGUCUUGGGUCGGCGAAUAUUAGAGAGGAUUCUCCCGCCGGUUCUCGUAGACCUAUGUCUCCAAUUAGAAUCGAAGUUGGUUUGGGUACGUCCUCGUCCGCUGCUACAUUCCUACCGGAUCGCAGUAGGAUUGGAAUCACAACACCGACUCCCCCUUUGACGUUCUCGCCGAGCGUGACGUAUUUUGAUGAUAACACGAUCCUGUCGCCCUCGAUUCGAAAGAAGCACACGCAUAGCGCAUCAGAUGCUGCUGCUGAUCGUGAACGUCUCUUGGAAAUGAACGAGAGGCAGCAGCAGGCGGAACGAGAAGCAAGGCAAGGUCGCAGAGACGAAAGGAAGCAGGAUCAAGGUAAACGAAGGCCAAAAGCUACAGACUAUCCCGACGGGUCAUCAAAGCGGACGCAGGAGCCGUGGGUUUUGGUUCCAUUUCCUGCGACUGGAAAGAACGAACGACCCUCUACGUCUGAAGCUGCGGCGCGUUCUACAUCAAAUAUACCUAGAACUGGCCAGCAUGCUUCAACAACACCUUACCCUGCGACUCAUAAUUUGGAUCCUGGCGGAAGAUAUCAACCCUACACGCAGGGUUUGUACUCCUCUUCGCGUGGUAACUUACCGCAGGUCCCUGGUCCCCCUCGUGGUCCUCCACCACCAGUUCCUUCAUCCAACGAAGGUGCCAGGCAUCAGCGACCUCCUGGCCAACCAGUGCCACCGAACUGGGCAAUAAAGUGGGUCGGGGACAAGACCGAUCAGCGUUCUCUACAGGCCAAGCAGUCCCGACUUUUGGGAGCGAAGAGUAUGGAUAACCUCCGCAUAAAUAAUUUGUCUUCGCCAUCUAGCAAUGCCUCGUCAAGAAAGACUGGCCAGAACCUGACGCGUCCGUCCGUGAAUGGCUUGAGGGACACCACAAGCAAUUCCUCUGCCUCAUUCAUGAAUAUGGAUCCCUCUCCGUCUCGAAGAGAUCCGCAGUCCGCGGGUCUUCCCAAGUCGUAUGAUUCGAGGAACAAUCUUUCGCCGACAACCUACGUCCCAUCUCGUUCUUCUCCAAUGCAUCCUUCGCAAACGCAGGGUGACUUUGGUCAGUCUCCGCAGUCUCACUAUCGACCACUUCCCGUACAGGGUCAAUAUAUGGGUUCUGGGUUGAACUACCUAAAUACCCCUUCUCAAUACAGUGCAUCGCGACAAUCUCCCGAAGACCUUUAUCCGCGCCCACGUUCUGCUCUUGAUGACAUUGGAGCUUCACCAGCGCCUCCACGGCCAUUCCGUCCUCUGCCAACGACAGGAGGUCCGUCGAAUUAUAUGCUUGAACUAGAAGCAGCUCUGGACCCAGACGAUUCCCGAUCUCCACGCGUUGCUUCUCCUCAUCAUCCCUACGCUGCUCCAACGUCUCAAAGCUUGCGCUCCUUGCCUUCAACUUCCUUGAGUCAGACUAGUGGAAAGGCGUCCAGUUCAACCCUUACGGAUUCGACUUCACCCUCAGACACUCAAACCGUCAUUGGGGAUCCGUCUAGCGGCCAAAACACGCGUGGUCUGGGUAUACUUCUGAGCCCCGAUAGUCCUCGUCGUACACCCGUGGAUAAGAUUGACGGGGCUUCCCAGGAAAGCUCGGACACGCCGAAGUCAUUCGUUUCGAUGACUCAGGACUCGCCAGUAUAUGAUGGUGAUAAUGAAUCGUCUAGCUUAACGCUCAAACGUGGUGAACAUGAUUGGAUUUCAACUUACUUGGCUAGCACUUCUUCAAGUGAGGGAACUGUCAAAGUUUCGGAUAGGUCUUCACGUGGACAGGACAAGCAGUAUGCCGAUGCAGUGCCCGGUCUCGGAGCAGCUCCGUUUCGCCUGUCGAAAGAGAUUUCGUCUUCCUCUAUUAGCACAACUCGUAGCACGACUGCUACCGAUGAAGGUGGUUGUGAGUCUGAUGACGACGAUGAUGUGGGUAGUUUAUGGCAACCCGCCAAGCAUACGGAGCCGAAGCGACCGACGUUGUCUGUUGACACGGAAAGCGGGAAAGCAUCCUCGAUGUCUGGAAUGGGGAUCAUUUCUCGCAGCAGUCCCCAUCUUACGCCGGCACAACAGAAAGGUAUUCCUUUCCCUCCGCCUGACUUCCCUCCACCCCCUCCCCCAGCCGUGCGUCGUCGCAGGACGAACGGAAAGACUGGCGAGAAGGGACCACGGUCGAACCGAGAAAGCCAGUUCAUAAAAGCAAGUCAAAACAGUGCAAUGAACAGGCCGCGCCCCGAAGAGAUUACCGAUCAUCUGGAGGCAUAUUUCCCCGACCACGACGUGGAUAAACCGCUCAUUGAUUCUACUUCUGGUGGCUCGUCGCCGACUGCCGCCGAGCCCUCUGGAAGAGGGUUCCAGUCCUCAGCUGCAGACAAAGACAAGAAAUCGAGGCAUAAGAAGUCUAUCAGACUUGUGGCAUCGGAGGCGAAGAAGAAAAUCGACAGCACGCUCAGGGCAGACGCCUCUGCACUCUCGAGCAACUUGCGGCGAAGAAACACGAAGCUCUGGGGAGGUAAACUUGAGGAAGUCACAGCUUCACAGGUUCCUUCCGUUCCUCCUGUUCCUGAAUCACCCACUACUCUCAAUCCAAAGCCUAUCUUCAAAUGGGUACGAGGCGAGCUCAUUGGCAAGGGUACUUAUGGGCGAGUUUACUUGGCUCUGAAUGCGACAACUGGCGAAAUGAUCGCGGUGAAACAAGUCGAAAUCCCUCAGACCGAUGCUGAUCGGGAUGACAAGCGACAAGUUAGCGUAGUUGAAGCACUGAAGUUGGAGAGUGAGACGUUGAAGGAUUUAGAUCAUCCUAACAUCGUACAAUAUCUGGGAUUUGAACAGACGCCCGAUUUCUUGAGCAUCUUUCUUGAAUAUGUGCCUGGUGGUUCCGUUGCGGGGUGCUUACGGAAACACGGCAAGUUCGAUGAUCAAGUUUCUCGGUCGUUUACUGGGCAGAUUAUUGCUGGAUUGGAGUAUCUGCACAACAAUGGUAUUAUUCACAGGGACCUGAAAGCGGACAAUAUUCUCGUUGAUCCUUCCGGGAUCUGUAAAAUUUCCGACUUCGGUAUCUCCAAGCGGACAGAUGACAUUAACGAGAAUGGUGUCCAUACAUCGAUGCAAGGAUCCGUCUUUUGGAUGGCUCCAGAAGUUGUUCAGGCUGCGAGGAAAGGUGAAAAACAUGGAUACAAUGGGAAAGUGGAUAUUUGGAGUCUAGGGUGUGUUGUGCUCGAGAUGUGGGCUGGGCGUCGGCCGUGGCAGGAUGCAGACGCGAUCGCUGUCAUAUACGAGCUUAUCACGAAGCAAGGGGCGCCUCCCGUUCCACCCGAUGUCGUACUCGGGCCAGAUGCGGAUGAUUUCAGAAGGAAGUGCUUCGCAAUCAAGCCAGAUGAACGGCCCUCGGCGUCGGAAUUGCGCCAGCACCCGUACUUGAAUUUGCAGCCAGGCUGGACCUUUACCGGAUUUAAGUAGUUGAGUUGAGAGAUGAUCGUGUUACAUUGUGAACCAUCUUGAUUUUCCUCUUGUUUGGUCUGUUCUUUCGUGCUUCGCGUUUAGUGUUAGCGUGGUUGGCCAUUCAUGCAUUGUCUGUCGCACUAGUUUCUUUCAAACCGUCGUCUUGUAGCAACACUUUUAGUUACAUAGGUAUACUGUAUACGUACUGAGCGCCUUCGGAGGGCUUUUUAUUCUCAAAAUGAG